AUGGCGUUGUCCUUGGCGGCCCUGCUGGAGAACGCGAUGGCCCAGCCAUGGACGGCGAGGGGUUCCUCUGCUCCACGCGACGAGCUGCCGCCGCAACUGUCGGAUCUGAGCAGCUGCCGGCCUGCGGGCUACAGCAGCCCUGCAACGCGGGCUGGACUGGGACUCGCCGAGCUGAUGCCUUCGUCUCGUCAACUCCUUCAAUGUCCGGUUCUUCUUCCUCUCAAGACACCGGCCGGCGGGGAUGAGCUGCGCGCCGCCAGGGAUGGCCUGCGCGCCCAACGGGGCUGCGGGGAGGCAUGGGGGGCUGCGGAGCUGAGGCGGGGGCGCCCCCGAAGCGGCGCAGCAGGGCGCCAGCGAGGUCCGGGGCGUGCAGGUGGCGGCGUAGCGGGGCACCGACGAGGUCCCUAG